CUACUUGGAAUCACAAUUCACAUCUGUGAUUUUCAUCUGUUAAUUGUUUUUGUCUACUUACAAUUUUGAAUAUUCUAAAUUAAUAUUUUAUGAUAAUAUUUAUAGCGCAACUUGUAAGUUGUAACGCAAGAUGAAUUCUCUAAUAAGAAGAAGCAUUUACCCGCUUUAUAGUAAUACUUUCAAGUUAUCGACGCGCUAUUUCGCCGAUGGAGCGAUAAAGGAGAAGAUAGAUCAAAUAGUUAAAAAUAACAAAGUGGUGGUAUUCAUGAAAGGCAUUCCUGACGCCCCGCGAUGUGGCUUUAGUAAUGCAGUUGUACAAAUUAUGAGAAUGCACGCUGUUCCAUAUGAAAGUCAUGAUGUUUUAUCAGACGAAAAUAUUAGACAAGGUAUAAAAGAUUACUCAAAUUGGCCAACAAUUCCUCAAGUCUUUAUUAAUGGAGAAUUUGUUGGUGGAUGUGAUAUAAUGCUUCAAAUGCAUCAGUCAGGAGAGCUUGUAGAAGAAUUGAAGAAAGUUGGAAUUAAAAGUGCACUCCUCACAGCUGAAGAGUCAAAGAAAGAAGGAGCUUAAGAGUGACUAUGAUCUGUAGGUUCUUAAAUAAUUAAUAUCCAUAAUAGACAUUUUAUUUGAUGUAACUAAAUAUCAAUGUAAAAUGUGAAGGUUUAAUCUAUGAACAACAGGUAUAAUAUGUAUAGUAUAAAGCAAUAAAAUAGUGAAAUAUUGAACCCUUGAAAUGAGAACACAUCAGCAAUUCACACUUUAAUAUAUAAAUUUAUUAGGAAUACAGUUGAAACAAUGUUGUUCUAUAAUAUUCUUGUAGGUUUCUUUUAUAAUUAGGUUGAGCUGGUAAUAUUUAUUGUUUGAAAAUAUUAAAUAUAGCACAAUUUAAAAUCAACUAAAUGUUUUAAUAUAUAUCUUAUAUAUUGUCUAAUUGUCCUUGUUAAACCUGUCUAAAUUAUAAAAUAUUGAAAUUUAUAUAUUAUAAUACUGGUAUUUACUUAAUAUAUAUUAUGUAAUAUAAAUAAUAAUUUGUUAUUGUACAUUCAAAGUGUUUAAAGUUUACUUGACUUUGGAAUAAGAAGUUUGGUUCGUAAAUAAAGUAAUGUUUGUUUUAAGAGCUCUUUAUUAAUUUAGCUGUACAUUCGAGUUAGUAUAUUUUUUGGGCACAUUAAUGAUUCUUAUUCUAUAUCCCACUUCUUCCUUAAAAUAAUAUAAUUGGUUGAAUUAACAACACAGUCAUUAUUAAAAAGACUAUAAUAUGGCAGAUCAUUUAUUUAGAGUA